CCGCAAGCAAAGAUAUAAAACGCAACGUUUUAACCUUCUUCUCUCUUUUCGUCUGUUCUCCUUCGCUGCCCGGACACUACUUCUACAAUCGUUCCCUGUAGAGAGACCAACGAACAAGACUACCAAAGACGAAAACAGAGCUGCGUCGGAGAAUCUAAACUCCUCUUCUCGCGCGUGCUGUACACUCACUGAUCUGUCUUAAUUUAGAUUUUUUAUAAUUCUUUAACUCUUGGACCUCUGGAUCCCUAUUUGCUGGUGCCUUCCCAUCAGAAGACACAGAGACACACUGCACCUUCAAAACGCGUCGUUUUGCCUCGGAAUUCAACUCCAUUGGAGGUAAUAUGGCUCUACGGAAGUACAUUCCAUCGGGUGAUGCACCUUCUGUUGGUAUGAAGCCUUUAAAUUUUUUUAGUAAGGUGCAUGAGAAUGCUCAGCAUGUGGAUCCGGAGACAAAAGUGAAGCCUGAUGUGGAUAUUGACCUCAGAGAAGUUUACUUCUUAAUUAUGCUUUUCCUUUCAGCUGGUCCAUGUCACAGAACAUAUAGACAGUUUUGGAAUGAACUUCUUGAACAUCAACUUUUACCUAGAAGAUAUCAUGCUUGGUAUUCAAGGAGUGGGGUGCGUAAUGAGGAUGAAAAUGAUGAUGGCCUAUCCUUUCCAUUAAGUUACACUAAUUUGGUUGAGAGGUAUCCUCACAUUGAGAAGGAUCACUUGGUAAAGCUUUUGAAGCAGUUAUUACAUAAUACAGCUUCCUCGUCACAAGGCUUAAUUGGUGCCCCAAAUGCUGCUGAUGUUCCUACGCUUUUGGGAGCAGGCUCAUUUUCACUUUUGAGCCAUGAUAGAGAUAAUGGAAAAACCGAAACCAACUGUCCCCCUAUUCAUAUGCGAUGGCCUCAUAUGCGUGCUGAUCAGGUUCAUGGACUGAGUUUGAGAGAAAUUGGGGGUGGUUUUUCAAGACACCACCGUGCACCAUCAGUCCGUGCGACAUGCUAUGCUAUUGCUAAACCAUCAACUAUGGUACAAAGAAUGCAGAACAUUAAGAAGCUACGGGGACAUCGAAAUGCUGUCUAUUGCGCAAUUUUUGAUCGCUCAGGAAGAUAUGUUGUUACUGGUUCAGAUGAUCGCCUUGUAAAAAUCUGGUCCAUGGAAACUGCAUUUUGCCUGGCCAGCUGUCGUGGACAUGAAGGCGACAUUACUGACUUGGCUGUGAGUUCCAACAAUGCCUUAGUGGCAUCUGCUUCAAAUGAUUGUAUAAUUCGAGUGUGGCGUUUGCCAGAUGGGAUUCCAAUAUCUGUUUUGCGUGGACAUACUGGAGCUGUUACUGCCAUUGCAUUUAGUCCUAGGCCUGGAUCUGUAUACCAGCUUCUUUCCUCAUCUGACGAUGGAACAUGUAGGAUUUGGGAUGCUAGGUAUUCCAACUCCAGUCCACGGACAUAUAUUCCUAGGCCUUCAGAUUCCAUAAUUGGAAAGAACAGUGGUCCAUCUACAAGUAGUGGUUUGCAGAGCCAUCAAAUAUUUUGUUGUGCAUUUAAUGCUAAUGGAACUGUGUUUGUCACUGGCAGCUCUGAUAAUCUUGCUAGGGUUUGGAGUGCUUGUAAGCCCAACACAGAUGAUUCAGACCAACCAAAUCAUGAGAUAGAUGUGCUAUCCGGCCAUGAGAACGAUGUCAAUUAUGUUCAGUUUAGUGGCUGUGCUGUGGCAUCUAGGUUUUCUCUCUCUGACAGUUCAAAGGAAGAGAAUGCUCCAAAAUUUAGAAAUUCAUGGUUUUCUCAUGACAACAUAGUCACCUGUUCUCGAGAUGGCAGUGCAAUUAUUUGGAUUCCAAGAUCACGUAGAUCACAUGGGAAAGCUGGCCGGUGGACUCGACAUUAUCACUUGAAAGUUCCUCCUCCACCAAUGCCUCCUCAACCCCCACGAGGAGGUCCACGUCAGAGAACUCUACCAACUCCUCGCGGUGUGAAUAUGAUCGUGUGGAGCCUAGAUAAUCGUUUUGUCCUUGCUGCUAUCAUGGAUUGCAGAAUAUGUGUUUGGAAUGCUGCCGAUGGUAGCUUAGUGCAUUCUUUGACUGGCCAUACUGAUUCUACAUAUGUUCUGGAUGUUCAUCCCUUCAACCCACGAAUUGCCAUGAGUGCUGGCUAUGAUGGGAGAACUAUAGUGUGGGAUAUAUGGGAGGGCACACCUAUCCAAAUCUAUGAGAUUUCACGUUUCAAGUUAGUUGAUGGGAAGUUUUCACCGGAUGGGACGUCCAUUAUACUUUCAGAUGAUGUUGGUCAAUUAUAUAUAUUAAGCACAGGCCAAGGUGAAUCACAACAGGAUGCUAAAUAUGACCAGUUCUUCCUUGGAGAUUAUCGACCCCUGAUACAAGACUCCUAUGGAAACAUACUUGACCAGGAAACUCAGCUUGUACCAUACCGGCGAAAUAUGCAAGAUCUCCUUUGUGACUCAGGAAUGAAUCCCUAUCCAGAACCUUAUCAGAGUAUGUACCAGAAGAGACGGUUAGGAGCUCUGAAUAUGGAGUGGAAACCACCUUCUAUAAAACUUGCAGCUGGGCCUGACUUCAGCUUAGACCCAGAUUACCAAAUGUUGCCCUUGGCAGACUUGGAUGUAUUGGUUGAGCCGCUGCCUGAGUUUGUAGAUGCCGUGGAUUGGGAACCAGGAAAUGAAGUGCAUAGUGAUGAUACUGAUUCAGAGUACAAUGUUACUGAAGAGUAUUCUACUGGGGGUGAGCAAGGAAGUUUAAAUUCUAAUUCAUCUGUUGAUCCUGAGUGCAGUGCAGAGGACAGUGAGGUUGAGGGUAGGGAUGGCUCUCAUAGAUCUAAAAGGAAAAAACAGAAAGCCGAAAUUGAGAUAAUGACUUCUUCAGGGAGACGUGUUAAAAGGAGGAAUUUGGAUGAUUGUGAUGGCAAUACAUUCAGAAGUAACGAAACUAGGAAAUCAAGGAUUGGACGGAAAGCUUCAAAGAGGAAGUCUUCCACAUUGAAGGCUUUGAGACCUCAAAGAGUUGCUGCCCGCAAUGCUCUCACCUUGUUCUCAAAAAUUACUGGAACGGAUACAGAUGGAGAAGAUGAAGAUAGUUCAGAAGGUGAUUCAUCAGAAAGUGAAUCCACACUGCAACACUCAGACAUCCAGAGUGAUGAAUCAGAGAGAUCUUUGCGAAAUGAGCGAAACAGGCAUUUGAAAGGGAAAGAAGUUUCAUUAGAAGAGCCUGAAGAAGUUGUUAAAUCUCAUGAACUUCCUGAAUCACAUAUGAAUGCUGGAAACAGGAGAAGAUUGAUCCUUAAACUGCCAGUUCGAGAUCCGACCAAGAUUGUUAUGCCGGAUAGUAGAACACCUAAUGGCAAUCAGGUUGAUUUAGUUGGUUCAUCAUCCCACAAAGCUCCACAAGAAGCCACUGAGGUAGAUAGGGUUCAUAUAAGAUCAGUAGAUUUCGGAUACACUUCUAGUUAUGCAGACUGCAGCACAGUGAAAGGAAGAGGAAAAGGGCACACAGAAAGCUCUCAUUUAGAUCUAUCAGAAGGAUACAAAAAUGGGAAUAUCAAAUGGGGAGGUGUCAAGGCUCGUACAUCUAAGCGUCAGCGAUUUGGAGAAGCCAUGUCAUCAGCUACCCAUGCCUCAUUUAGUGUAGGUCUUAAUGAUAAACAAGAGGAGAAUAAUGUGAAUGGAUACUUAAAACCUCAGAAUAUUUCUAGCGCAACAUCCCCUUCUCUGGAAGUUCAAGAUUAUGCGGAUAAGAUGCGUGAAGUGGCAGCAAUGAGUGGAGUAAAUAUUGGGACUGAUACCUCUGAGGUUGUGAAUAAUCUGGCCAAUGGUAAAAAGCACCUCAGCUUUGAUGGGUGCAUUGAUUCUGAUGAAUUGCCAAAAUUGGCUCACAUAGCUAAUGGGAAUGAUAAACCUCCUGAAUUCAAAGAGAGUAAUACAAUUAUCUCAACAAAGUUAAGGAUAAUGUCGAGGAAGAUUUCAAGAGAUUCUUCAGAGAAUCAGGGAAAUGACGGCUGUGAUUUAUUACCUGAUAGCCAUGCAGAGAUGAAACAGAAUCCAGUUUCAGAAGUGUAUGAACGUGAGAUGACCAGUAGAAUUACUCCAGUUAAUAGUUACAAUGAAUUUCAAAAAGCAGAUCCUCUGAUUGAUGAAAUUUCCGUGCCGACAUUGGAUGACUCAAUAGGUUCCCAUUCGCAUCCAAAAAAGAUGUAUAAUGUUGUUUAUAGAAGGUCAAAGUUAAGUAGAGAUAGAGCUAAUUCAGAAAGUGAUAUUGGCACGAGAGAGAGCAUUUCACAUGCUAGUACAAAUGAACAGUAUGCCAGAGGUGACUUAAAUGAAGAUACUAAUGAAGGAGCUCAAACAAAGCAUAUCAUGGGCUCAAAGGUGACAGAUGAUAUGAUGAACUGUAGUUUUAUGUUGGGACAGGAACAUGAAUCAGAGGAUAGGUAUAGAAAUGCCCAUAAUGGUUCCAUUAGCAGACAUCAACUUCCUGGUGAAGAAUGGGGAUCAAGCUCAAGAAUGACAGUUGGAUUAAGAUCUACCAGAAAUAGGAGAACCAGUUAUUAUUUCCGUGAUGCUAGUCCAGUAGAUAGAAGGAAAUCAAAUCAAUCUGCCAAAAGAGGAUCAUGGUUAAUGUUGUCAAUGCAUGAGGAGGGCUCUCAUUAUAUUCCCCAGCUAGCAGAUGAAGUAGUAUAUCUAAGACAGGGGCAUCAAGAGUACCUAGACUACAUUAAAUCAAAAGAUCCAGGCCCUUGGAAGUUGGUCAAGGGACAUAUAAGGGCAGUGGAAUUCUGUAAAGUUGAAGGCCUUGAGUAUUCCACGGUACCAGGAUCAGGAGAUAGUUGCUGCAAAAUGACACUUAAAUUUGUAGAUCCUACAUCUAAUGUAUUCCAGCAAUCAUUUCAAUUAACUCUGCCUGAAGUGGCAGGGUUCCCAGAUUUUCUUGUUGAAAGAACUCGGUUUGAUGCUGCUAUGCAAAGAAAUUGGACAUGCAGGGAUAAGUGUAAAGUAUGGUGGAAAAAUGAUGGUGAAGAAGAUGGUAGUUGGUGGGCUGGCCGGAUUCUGUCUGUAAAGCCCAAAUCUUCAGAGUUCCCAGACAGUCCAUGGGAGAGGUACACUAUUCAGUACAGGAGUGACCCCAGAGAAACACAUCAACACAGUCCUUGGGAGCUUUUUGAUGAUGAUACUGAAUGGGAGCAGCCUCAUAUUGAUGAUGAGAUUAGAAACAAGCUGAUUUCUUCCUUGGCCAAAUUAAAGCAAUCUGGCAAAAAAAUACAGGAUCAGUAUGGGGUUGAGAAAUUGAGGCAAGUGUCUCAGAAGACCAAUUUUACAAACAGGUACCCAGUUCCCUUCUCUCUUGAAGUGAUCCAGUUAAGGUUAGAGAACAACUACUAUCGAACUCUGGAGGCAGUGAAACAUGACAUCGAAGUCAUGCUAUCAAAUGCAGAAUCAUACUUUGGAAAAAAUGCAGAGCACUCCAUGAAAAUGAGAUGCUUGUCAGAUUGGUUUGCGCGGACGUUAUCAUCUUUGUAGGCCCCAAAUUGAGUUUUGUAGAGAAAUCAGCUGGCCACCCCCUUUUUUUUUUAAAUUUUAUUUUUAUUUUGUUUUUGUAAAUAAUUCUCUUUUUUUUUUUUGGCAACUUAUUAUCAUCCCUUUAGAUCCAAUUUGGAAUUGGUUCAUGCUCUCUCAACCUUUAGGGUAGAUAAAUAUCUCAGGGAAAAUUAGCUGAUUGCAGUGGAAAAUUUUCUGCUAGAAGAUUCAUUCUUGUAUAGACACGCUUGGUCCGCGUCACCAUUAAUAAACACCAAGAAAAUACAAAAGUCAAAAGUCAAGAUUUUAGUGA